CCUCUUUACGAUAAACUUACCACGUGCUCAUCCCCGGCGGGGAUCUCGGAUCUAACGUGGCCACCACCAUGGACUUAAUCUUAUCUCCCUGAACUUAAUUCACCUAGAGCCACGACACAUCCGUUCAUGCCUUGUAUGCCCGUUUUUCUGGCUCAAAUUUGCAAUUUUGAAGCUUCUUCCGACUUGUUUUUCGGUUGCUAGUGCACAGACCGAAUGGAGAAUAUACGGUUUGAACUUCAGCUGACAAUUUCUCAUUUAGAGGGAGUUUGGAGAAGAAACGUUUUUCGUGUCCGGCGACCGUUUGUGUCAUUCAGUAUUGAUGGAGGGCAAGUCCAAUCAACCCAUGAUGUUUCUGGCAGACUCAUAUAUCGUUGGGAUGAGCAAUUCACGGUAAUUUUACAUCCGAAAAGUGUUAUCGUCUUCCAAUUGUUUGACAAACUAAAAACAAACAACGCCACUGAUGGAUUUCUUGGAAUAGGUGCAAUUCCCAUAAACAAUGUAAUUCCAGCUCAAUCCAGCAUACUUGAGGCAACUACAAAAAUUCCCAUCCACGAUUCGAAUGGUUACUUUUAUGGAAAGCUAGUAUGUCAUUUUGAAUCGAAACACUUCAGUCCUCAACAGCUAGCUGCAGGUGACAUUGCGAUCAGCACUUCUCCAGACAUUAAUCUGAGUGUUUGGGAACCUCGGGUGGAUGAAUACGGCAAAUUGUAUUACUAUAAUCGUAAUCAUCUGUCCCAACAACAGCUGGUAUCAAAGAACCAUGUUCCUUGUCAAUUGUCUUCCUCUUCAAGUUCUGUUCCUGACGAACAGACGAAACAUGAAUCCAGGUGCUCGAAAAUUUUUGCCCGAAUCAAACUCGAUAAAGCUACCGUUGCCCAUCUCUCUCAAAAUCCUGUACUUGCACAUUCUAUAUUUGAUGAACUAGCCUUAAACAAAGGUCCCCUUCCUAAAGGUUGGGAAAUGCGACUCACAGAUGACUUUCACGUCUAUUUUGUGGAUCAUGAAACUAAGACUACUACGUGGGAGGACCCUCGUGAACAAUGUUCUAUUCCUUCAAGUUCGUCAAAACUGCAGUUGUUACGUCGAAAGCAGGCGUACCUGUACCAGGAACUGGCCAAGCAGGUGAAGGAAGGUCAAUGCCAUAUUAAGGUUGAACGAAAAAAUAUUCUGCACAAUGCCUUUGAUAUAAUACUACGGCUCCCUCCAGAGGAUCUGAAGAUGAAACUAUUAAUUCGGUUUAAAGGUGAAGAUGGUUUGGAUUACGGUGGUGUUUCUCGUGAGUUUUUCUACCUUCUUUCUCACCAAAUGUUUGAUCCUUCGACUUGUUUAUUUGAAUAUUCCAAUGCCGGCGACUACAGCCUAAGAAUAUCCAUUCAUUCCUGUAUAAACGAGGAGCACCUUUCAUGGUUCCGUUUCAUUGGAAGAGUAAUUGGUCUGGCGAUUUUUCAUCGUCGUUACUUGGAUGUGUGCUUUGUUCGUACGCUCUACAAGACGCUUUUGGGGCAGUCGCCGGAAUUCGAGGAUUUGCAAUAUGUUGACAAGGACUUGUAUCACAGUUUAAGUUGGAUCCGUGACAAUCACGUGGAUGAAACGCUUUGCCUUACAUUUUCAACGACUGUGGAUCAUUUUGGAGAAGCGGUGAUUUACGAUUUUAAGCCUAAUGGCCGCAACAUAAGUGUUACCGAAGAAAACAAACAUGAAUUUCUCAAGCUUGCUUCAGAGUGGCAUAUGUACAAAAACACCGAAGAGCAAUUCCAGUCUCUGAAACGUGGACUUAAUGAAAUUAUUUCGGACAAAGAUUUGCGGAUCUUUGACGUCGAUGAACUGGGAGUUUUAAUAGGUGGAACAUCGACCAUUGAUGUCGAGGACUGGAAACGAUAUACAGACUACCGAUCCUACUCAGAAAGUGACCUUACAAUCAAACUGUUUUGGCGUUUGGUGAGUGAAUGGCCCGAGGAAAAGAGGGCAAGGCUUUUGCAGUUCACUACAGGAACAUCACGGAUUCCGUUGAAUGGUUUUAAGGACAUUCAUGGCAGUGACGGACCCCGAAAGUUCGUCAUUGAAAAAGUCGGAACAGUUGAUCAACUCCCUCAUGCUCAUACAUGUUUUAAUCGCCUUGACCUUCCGCCGUAUCAAACAAAGCAGCAGCUAGAUCGCAAACUAACGCUUGCUAUUGAAGAGACUGCUGGUUUUGGCACAAAAUGAGUCUCUUCACUCUUCUCUUUCAUUUUUUGUAACUUAUGUUCUUUUUUCCUACAUAAUGAUGUUAAAUGAGCGAUGUAUUCCAUUGUACAAUUGUAUCACGCAUCCUUUUUUUCGUAAUCGUACAAAACAGCAACCCCCUCGUUAUUAAUUUAUAAUAAAGUGUACAAUAAUGUGUGUAUUGAGAG